CUCUCUCUGCUAACAUUGAGAGAAUCCGCAUUGCCAGAAAUCAGUGUGUUCAUUCUUCUAGUCCUGUCCUCGCCAAUGUUGAUUUCAACUCAAUCUGGUCCACUGUAAGAUCAGCAGUUGUGGAUGUUGAUUCUUUCCUUAAUAACGGGAACCAGUUUGAAAAAGAGGUGGAUUUUUUGAGACAUGAGACAAUGGACCCUAUCCGUGACUGCCAUUACAUAGAACAACUGAGGAAACAGGCUGAAGAAGAUGCAGAAACUAGGAAAAUAGUCCAAGGCCUGAAACGAAAAUUAGAAGAGAGUGAGAUAGACAGAAUUGAAAAUCACAAUAAAAUGCUAAAAAUCUUUGAUAAAAUCAAAACACCAAAGUCUGUAAUCCCUCCGAACGUUAGAGACAUUUUUGAAAAAGAUCUCACACGAUGGAAAGAGGAAGAUGGGGUUUACAGUGAAAGCCACAGUUUUUCUGCAAUGUUGGAUCAAGUCAGAAAGCAAUCUUACAUGACAUUUGUUGGUGUCCCAGGAUCAGGAAAAUCGGCGACUAUUCAUCACUUAGCCCUGAUGCUCCAGAGAGAAGGAUACGAGGUUGUACCGAUUACAGAUAUCGGGAAGAUUGAAGAUUAUUCUGACUCGCGUCAUCCACAGGUUUUUGUCAUUGAUGAUGUGGUAGGUGUUUUAGGUCUGCAAAAACAAAAGUUAGAGUCAUUGAUAGACUAUGAAAAAAGAAUUUCAAAUCCUUCCAAUAGAAAUACAAAGAUAUUAAUGUCAUGUAGGGAAGCAGUUUUUAAUGAAUGUUACAAAUCAUUUUUCUCACAUGAAAAAAACACAAUUAAGAUGCAUAGCUGCAAAAAUGCAUUGAACGAUGAAGAUAAGAAAGCGAUCCUGGAGAAACACGACUUGGAUAGAGAUUUGUUGUCCCCUAUAUUACUGGCAGAAACAUUGGGUUUAUUUCCUCUGUUGUGUAAACUAUAUUCAAAAGUGAAGAAAUUUAGAAAGAAUGUUGAAAGGUUUUUUACCCGUCCAGCUGAAUGUAUAUUAGAAGAAUUUGAUAAAAUGCAAGUGCAAAAUAGUUUAUGCUAUGCUACAUUGGUCUUGUGCAUGUUAAAUGACAAUAAACUAUCAAAAGAAAUAUUGAACAGCACUGGAAACGUUGUUUUCUUGGAGAUGAAAUCAAAAGUAUUAGAAUAUUGUGAAGUUGAAAGUAACACUGAUGCAUUUAGAUUUGUAAAAGCAUUGGCAGCUAUGGAUGGGACUUACACAAAACUCUGUGGUACUGAGUACACUAUUAUUCAUGACUCUGUAUUUGAAAUUCUUUCAUAUCAUUUUGGUUCUCAGUUUCCAGAUCUUCUUUUGCAAUAUAUUAUCUGUGGUUUCAUUGCUAAUAAUGUGAAAGUACAAGAAUGUGAAGGAGAGUCGGAGGUUGAAUUUAAACAAGUUGUAAAUGAAGUGUUUAUUGGUGAGGAGCAUGAAUCAAUAAGUAGUAAAAGAAGCCAGGAUUUGUUUGAUCUCGUUCUUACGUUAAAAGAGGAUCAAUAUCCAAUGUUAGCAGAGCGUUUUUACAGAGAUAUAGAGAAUAUGGAGCUGUAUGAUGUUUUUAUGAAUAAUAUUUUGAAACAUCCGAAGGUGUGUCAGGCUUUUAUUGGGGUGUUAGAGACAAAGUCCUACACUGAGUUAAAGGCUUUAUUCUUGUCAGAACAGAAAGAUGCAUCUAAGGUUGUGAGUAAAGGAAAGCGUGUGAGGGAGAAGAUUGAGAGGUUGGAUGAGAGGAGCAGAGAAUGGAGCAGACAGGCGGUGCUGGUGAAUGAGAGGAUUGAUAAUAGAGAAAUAAAUUACAGUGUGAGGGUUAUCAGUUGGGUAGUUUACUACGGACACAAUCAGAUCCUAAAAUAUAUUUUGAAACAAAUUGAAUUACACAACGAAACAAAGAUUGAACUAUUUUGGAAUUCCUUUAGCCCAAGGUUAAUAUAUGAAACAAAAAAAGGAGAAAAUAACACUGAAAAAUAUAUUGCAACAGUCAAAUUAUCUUUAUUUAACUCCAUAUGUGAUACAACAAAUCAAAAACAGGAAAAUAGUCGGUCCAAUUUUGAACAUGACCGCUUAUUUGUAUUGAGUUGUUACAGUGGUGAUUUGGAAACUGUAAAUAUUUUAAUCAAGUUUGUCGAUAUAAAAAUGACAAACAAAAAAACCAAAUAUUUGUUUGAUGAUACACCAUUGACAGCAGCAUGUAAGGGUGGACAUAUGAGUGUAGUGAAAGAGCUUAUUUAAGCCGGAGCUGAUAUCAAUCUACAAGGUGAGUUUGAUACACCAUUAACAGCAGCAUGUGAGGGUGGACAUAUGAGUGUAGUGAAGGAGCUUAUAAAAGCCGGAGCUGAUAUCAAUCAACAAGGUAAGUUUCAUACACCACUGACAGCAGCAUAUAAGGGUGGACACAGGAGUGUAGUGAAUGAGCUUAUAGAAGCCGAAGCUGAUAUCAAUCCACAAAGUGGGGUUCAUACAUCACUGACAGCAGUAUGUGAGGGUGGCCAUAUGAGUUUAGUGAAGGAGCUUAUUGAAGCCGGAGCUGAUAUCAAUCUACAAGGUGGGUUUCAUACACCACUGACAGCAGCAUGUAGGGGUGGACAUAAGAGUAUAAUGAAGGAGCUUAUAGAAGCCGGAGCUGAUAUCAAUCAACAAGGUAUGUUUGAUACACCACUUACAGCUGCAUGUGAAGGUGGACAUAUGAGUGUAGUGAAGGAGCUUAUAGAAGCUGGAGCUGAUAUCAAUCAACAAGGUAAGUUUCAUACACCACUGACAGCAGCAUGUGGAGGUGGACAUAUGAGUAUAGUGAAGGAGAUUAUUGAAGCCGGAGCUGAUAUCAAUCAACAAGAUGCGUUUCAUACACCACUGACAGCAGCAUGUGAAGAUGGACAUAUGAGUUUAGUAAAGGAGCUUAUAGAAGCCGGAGCUGAUAUCAAUCAACAAGGUGGGUUUCAUACACCACUAACAGCAGCAUGUGAAGGUGGACAUAUGAGUUUAGUGAAGGAGCUUAUAGAAGCCGGAGCUGAUAUCAAUCAACAAGG